CCAUUGCGGUCGGAAACUAACGACCCGGCUCGGCCAACCGGCACCGCACACUUAUCGACAAACGCCAUUCCAUCCGUCCGUCUGAAGAGAAAAAUAAAAAAAAAAUAGGGUUCCGCCGCGUACGUCCGUUUUCCGUAUCGUUCCGUGAUAAGGAGUGCGUCGUCGCGGUGCUGCUGUUCCGGCGCGGCGGCGAACGGUUGCGCGCAAAACGCGUUCGAUCGCGAUUCGAUUGUGGCGGUGCUGCGUGCACCGGCGACCCGUGACACUGAUAAGAACGCGUCGUCCGGACGCGCAAUUAGUGAUCGUCCGAAUGAGCUGGUGCCCUGCCGAUCGCCAUUCCCGCACCGUGUUCCCCGCGGUCCGGAAGACGUAGUGCUGCCGCGGACAUGUUGUCGCAGUCCGGUCACCGUUGAACGCGUCAAAACGAUGGUCCCGUUGCUGCUACCGCUGCUGCUGGUGCUGCUGCGCGCCGGCCGCUCGGCCGCGUUCGGCUCGCUGCUAGCCGAACCGUCGUGCGUCAACGAUCUGAAGCUGAAAUGUUCCAACGGCGGCACGGCUGCCGUGUCGGAACUCGACGUGCUGGAGUGUAUACAGCUCUACGAGGAUUCAGAGUUUUCGGUCAGUUGCCAAAGAACCAUAUGGACUCAUUUAAAAAAAUUUAUGGCAAAAGAAAAUCUACGCGCUGUAUUAAAGCCAAAAUGUAGAUCUGAAAUUGAAAAAUCAAAUUGUGAACGAGAUAAGAAUUGGUUUGGUUGUUUGGUUGAUAAAAAACAAAGCAUUGUCAAAAAUUCCGACUGCCUUCAUUUGAUAUUAAGAGUAGAAAAUAUACUAUUCUCUGAUUUUAGACUCAUUUCAAAUUUUUCAAUUGUUUGCCAAGAUGACAUAAAGAAAUUUCAUUGUUUUGAUAAUUCAGUCACAGAUGCAUUGUAUCGAGGACACAUAUUAGGAUGUUUGCAAUCUAAGAUUGACAAACUUUCUCCAAAACAAUGUUUGCCGUUGGUUUAUAAGUUGUCUGAGUGGCAAGCAGAAAAUAUCAAAUUUGACUAUUCACUACACAUGGCUUGUUUAAAAGAUAAAGAGAAAUUGUGUGCAGAUGUCGCAACUGGAAAUGGUCUUGUUUACAAUUGUCUUUCCAAACAUAUUGGUAGUGGACAAAUGUCGCAACCGUGCCAAAAUCAAUUAUGGAGGAGAGAAAAAUUAAUUACUGGUAAUAUUAGAGUCAGUAAAGGACUAACUAGGGCAUGCAGAGAAGAUAUUCGUAAAUACCAUUGUCGGAAAUUAGUAUCCGAUGAUAAGGAUGUUCGCUUAGCGCAGCUUUUGUUAUGUUUGGAAAAUGCUUUACAUAAUGGAAGUGAAGUAUCUUCAGACUGUCAAUUUGAACUAAUGGAACAUCGAAAGUUAUUAUUACAAAAUCAUCAUUUAUCACCAGAAGUUGUUUCUAUGUGUUCAAAUGAUAUCGAAAAAUAUUGCCAAAAUAAUAAAAUCGGUAGUCGCACAAUUCAUUGUUUAAUGGACCAUUCUAAGCCAUCACGUCAAAAAAAUCGAAUUGAAAAAUCUUGCCAGAAAGCGUUACAAAAACUCAUGCGAAUCACAAAUAUUGGUGAAGAUUGGAGAGUAGAUCCUGUAGUACAAGAAAUGUGCCAAUCUGAAGUUGAUAAGUAUUGUUCUGAUAGAUCGCCUGGUUAUAACAGGGUAAUGUCUUGUUUAUUGGAAAAAUUAAUUGUGGGAUUAGUUCAAGACGAUUGUAAGAAUGCAUUAAUGCCAGUUCAGUAUUUUAUCAAUCGUGAUUUCACAUUGGAUCCUGCAUUAUAUCAAGCUUGUUAUUCAGAUGCAUCUAGGAUAUGUAAAGCUUCCAAUGAUUGGCUCAAAGAAUCAAAGGAAAAUUUGAUUUUACCAUGUCUUGCUCAAUACUACAGGCCUUUUACAUCAUCAACUACUGGAGCUAAAUACAAGCUAAAACCAAAAUGUAAAGAUCAAGUUCGAAAAGUGAUGAUACAACGAGCUAUUAGUGUUGAUCUCAAUCCAGAGAUUGCUGAGGCCUGCAUUAAAGACCUGCCAAAUUUUUGUCAUGAAAAAACUGGUGUAGGUGAAGAAAUGCUGUGCCUACAAGAUAAUUUUAACAAUAAAAAAAUGACCAAAGAAUGCAGAGAAUCAAUUAGUCGAUGGACAGAAGUACAAGCUGAAGAUAUUCAGUUGAAUCCUGUAGUUAGAUUACAUUGUAAACCUUUCAUACAAAAAUUUUGUUCGGUUGAACUUAUAUCUAAAGAUGAUAUAGGGAAAAAUGAUGUAAUGGACUGUCUAAUAAAAAAUAAAAAUGAUCCAGAAAUGAAGACUGAGUUAAAGUGCCGUGCUGCUGUUGAACAUUUUCAAUUGAUAUCUAUGAAUGAUUAUCGUUUUACUUUAUCAUUUAAAGAAGCAUGUCGCUCAACUGUUAUUAGAUAUUGUCCUAAAUCUCGAACUAAACCAGAGGUUGUUGCUUGUUUAAGUGAAGUAGUACGAAACGAUACUAUUACAGAUUCUAAACAUAAAGUAACAAAACCAUGUAGACAACAACUUAGAGCUCAAUUAUUACAACAGCGUGAAUAUUUAGAAUUAGAUCCGGUUUUAAAAAAAGCAUGUCAAAAUGAUAUUAUCAAACAUUGUUCUGGCAUGGAAUCUGGUUCAGCACAGAUUCUCGUAUGUCUUGAAAUGAAUAAAAGCUUACUCUCGGACCAAUGUCACCAUGUAAUAUUUCUGAUUCAGCGACAAGAUUUAACAGACAGCUCUUCUGAUUAUGUAUUGUUGACAAAAUGUCAUAAAAUGUUACAACUUUAUUGUAAAGAAGAAAAUUCUUCAAGAGCUUUAAGCUGUUUAAAGAAAUUCAAACAUGAUUCGUCCUUUGAAAAACCAUGCCAGUCACUUGUUAUUCAACGAAUGAUUGAACAAAGUGAUGACUAUAGAUUGGAUCCAGCUCUCCAUCACAACUGUCAAACAGAUAUACAAUUAUAUUGUAGUCAAAUAUUAGCUAAAUUACGUCCAGAGUCUGAGUAUAAUGGAAAAGUAUUGCACUGUUUAAAGGAAAAAUUUCGGCAAAGAAAACUAAAACCCGAAUGUGAGAAACAAGUAUCAAUUACACUCCGUGAAGCUGCAUUAAAUUACAAAUUGAAUCCAUUGUUGCGUAGUCUCUGCACAUCUGAGAUUAAAGAAUUAUGUCGUAAAGAAGAAAAUAAUGAAAGCAAUGGUGGUAUAGAAAAUUCUGGACAAGUGGAAGAGUGCUUGAAACAAGCCUUAAGUCAUGGUUCAAUAGAGAACCGAGCUUGUCGUUUAGAAGUGGCCGGUUUGAUUGAAGAAUCUAAGGCUGAUAUAAAUGUAGAUCCAUUAUUACAACGAGCAUGUCUGCUAGACAUUACAAAGUACUGUGAUGAAGUUCCUGAAGGCGCUGGUAGACAUUUACAAUGUCUACAAGCUGUGGUUGAAUCAAAAACUAAGACACUUCAUCCCAAGUGCCACGAAAUGCUUAUGCAGAGGAUGGAAAUGUUUAAGAAUGCAAAAGCCUUGAUUUACCCUGAGAGCAUACAGCAGUUGUAUGGACAAGUUACUAAAUCACCAUCGAAAAAAUACCUUUUAGUGGUGUUGAUCACGAUCAUGGGACUAAUAUUCUUUGUCGGUUUGUUUUGUGGUCGUGUUAGUAGAAGAAGUGCAAUUUCUAAAAAAAAGUAGAUGAUAUGUUAUCAUUGGUAUCAACUUAAACUGAUAGUUAGUUUAAUUUUAUUUAAAAGAAAUGAUUUUGUGAAUUUUUUCUUUUUAUAUCUGUAUUCAUAGAAUUGUUAUUUUAUGUACUUGUUACAACCGGUUCGUAAAAUUACCAGUUUUUGUCUGAGAUGAUUAUUUUUAUUCAUUUCAUGUAAGAGACAGUACUUGCACAAUUUAUAAAAUGAAAAAUGAAAAAUGCUGCCUAUUUCAUGAACUGUGUCUUAGACAAUUCGCAAUUAUCAAUAUAAUAUCUUACAUUGAAUGUA